AUGUCUGGGGUACAACUCGAUGCUGAAAUCAACGGUUUGUUUAAUGAUAUGAGGUUGAGAAGCACACACAAGUUUGCAUUCUUUAAAAUUGAAGGAAAGAAGAAAAUUGUUGUUGACGUGUGUGGUGAUCCAUGCAAAACAGAAGCAAAAGAAGAAGAUGAGGCACAGUUUAAUAAAAUGAAGGAGCAACUCAGCAAAGAGCCACGAUAUAUUUUGUAUGAUUUUGGAUUUAUGAAGAAGGAUGGCAGGAAAGUUAAUAAGUUGGCAUUCAUCUUUUGGUGAGUAAGGUUGUCUCUGCAUUUUUAAUUCGUGACCGGGCAUAAAAUCUUCCUUUAGCCUCAAAACAUUUUAGGCUGGAUUUUACUUGCUAAACAGAGUCAGAGUUGUAAGAACAUUUUAUUUUCAAAAUAAGUUAUUAACCUAGUGAAAAUCAAAACUCUGAAUCGUAAGCGGAGUUAUAAGUGCAACAGAAUACUUCGUCGCUCGCUUUUGCUCGCUUCGCCAGCAUUCCUCGCGCCUUCGGCGCUCACGCAGUCGACUUAAGGUAAGUCUACAGAAUUGGUUGUCUGCGUGGCAGAAAGGCGCUCGAGGAGGAGUGUAAGGAACGCCUGCAAGGACGCUAUGGUCUUUUCCAUUUUCACAUCUACCAGAGAGAUGUAAAAAUAAUGAAUACCUUAACUAACAGUAACAGAUGGUUAGACGUUUACAGUUGCGUUUUUUUGCAUACAUAAUAAGUAGGCGGGUAGUGACAAUAAUGGCGCUCUUGCAGGCGCUCCCCUCCUCCCCACCCCCCUAAAAUUCCCGUCCCUUCCCCGUUUCGAACACCUGACACGUAGGCUGCAGAACUGGAGUCAGAAUAAUCAGAACAUUUCUAUUUUCUUCUGACUCUGCUUAUGAAUCCAUCACUUACGACCCAGUGAAAACUAGAUUGCUGGAGGAAAAAAAACGGAGAACCCGAAAAAAACCUUCUCCGUGCAGAGAACCAAGAACUAAACCAACCAACAUACUGAGUCGACGCCGGGAUUUAAACCUGGACCACAUUGGUGUGGGAGGUGUGUGCUCUAACCACUGCUCUCACCAUAGAGCCACCCUUGCUCCCUGAAUUGAUGUAUGCAUUCAUCAAGAGAUUAUUAAAUCAAAAAUGUGUUGGGUACAUCUCUUUAGCUUUAGUUUGUAUGAUUACACCCUUAUUACCUGGUACUCAUUUCUACUUAGGGACUUUAUAUAUGAGGUGAGCUAGCCUGGCCUGCUUUACCAUGCUGGCUCGGCUCAUGCCUUGUUUCCUUGCAAAAUUGUUUUUGUGUUUAUAUGAGAAGGCCGGCUGGCCCGCUUGCUGAGAUCUUCCUUCAAGCAACCACGAUCUCGGCAAACGGGGCAGCCGGCCUUCUCAUAUAAACACAGCAACAAUUUUAUAAGGAAACAAGGCAUGAGCUGAGCCAGCCCGUUUCAUCUCAUUUCCCUUUUUCCCUUUAGGUGUGACGAAAAUGCAAGGAUUGGAGACAAAAUGAUAUACGCAUCUUCGAAAGACACCAUCAAAAAGUCCUUCACUGGUUUAUCACUGGAGUUCCAAGCAAAUGAUGGGGGUGAUUUGGAUUACACAACUUUAAGCGAGGAAGUGGAACAAAAAGCUUACUAGAUAGUUUGAGGCCCAGCCUUAACACUCAGAGUGACUCAAUCAGUUACUCGUAUUGUUUUUCUUGUAUUUAUAGAACAAUCACACUGUAUUUUUUUUACUUGAUUAUGACGUCCGAGAACGUCGAAACGUCGUAUAUUUUCUAACUUUUUUCAACAAUUUCUUGAAUGUUUUUAAGAAAAGUUUUUUCACAAUUUUUUAUAGCUAAAGAAUCAAUUAAAACCUUGUAAUACCGUG